CCCUAAUACGCCCCCUCGAGAUGAUGGCUCUUCUAGCCAUUGAUCUCGAUAUGUUUGGGCAUGGAUUGGCGGGCCAAGUAUUGGGCCGGACCGAUGUGGAUCGGGUUGAGUAUGUGCGAAUCGGGCUCUGAUACCAUAUUAGACUGUGGG